AUGACCUCCCCUCACAGUAAUGAGGUGACUAUUCCAGAGAUUGUCUUGGCCCAGGGCAUAGGGAGGAUAGUGAUUGGGAUGAAGACACCAUGGGGGCUGACUUCAUCUAACCUGCCACCCUCAGACCCAGAGCCCUCUGACAUUUCAUCAGAUGAGUUCCCUGAGACACAACUUAUGAGUGUAAGCAUUGUCUUCAAAGAAGGAGGCCAAAUCAAGUCCAGUAGCUACAAUAAUUCAGGAGACACAUCCAGACAGGACAUCCUUGGUGGGCCAGUUGCUUUGCUGUCCACUGUACCUCCCACAUUAGCUGCAACCACACAAAGGGAGUUUGCUGGAGAAUUGGAUAUCUCUUCUCCCAACAAGUCCUCAGCUAAGAAAAUGCCAUGUCUGAUCAGCAAGAAGAAAGUGGACAGGUCCAGUCACAUGCCUCGGGCCACACCUAGGGAGAAAGAGCUUCAGGAGAAGAAAUCUCCCACUGGCUGUGUCUCAAAAGUUGUCCUGGGGAGAAAAUCCCAGGCCUAUAUCUCGGGAGGUCCCCUGGCACCCGCAACCUUCCCUCCUAUCUCUGGCCGUCCAGAGAUUGGGAUUGCUGAGAAAUGUUCCUUGGUCCCUUCGGGAACCAAACAGUCCAAGCACAACUGCAGGAAGAAUCCAGUGCUGAGUAGGAUGAGGAAGUCCGAACGGGUGGACCUAGAAGAUACCAACCCAAAUAAAGAGCCAGCCCCAAAGGGCCAACUUCCAGCCUACAGACCAGGCCCAUUUUGCCUGUCCAUGUAUGUUGGAAGAUACAGCAGUGGAGACCCCAAGAUCAAAUCCUUUCCAGCUCCAGGACAUUCACCGCUUUUGACCAUGGCCCAGGAAAGAGUCAGGCUCAUGGCCAUGCAGUGCCUCAUCGACAAGUUUCAGGCCCCUUGA